AUGGGGUCUUUGGAGAAUCUAGAAAUUCUAGAUAUUUUCGGAACCAAUAUAGAAGAAUUGUCCAGAGGUAUUGGGAGGCCGAGAAAGCUCCGAGAAUUACAUGCUGGUGGAUGUGAAAAAUUGGGAGGAAAACUUCCAGAAAGCAUGGGGUCUUUGGAGAAUCUAGAAAUUCUAGAUAUUUCUAAAACCGGUAUAGAAGAAUUGCCCGGAGGUAUUGGGAGGCUGAGAAAGCUUCGAGAGUUGCAUCUUGAGAGUUGCAAGAAUCUGAAAGGGGAAUUGUCGGAAAGCAUGUGCAAUCUUUCAUCCCCGCAACACCUCGAUUUUUCUUUAUGUAGAGAGCUCCAAUCGCCGCCGGACCUUCCUUCCGACUUAACAUAUUUGCGCAUCACCUGUCAAAGUCGCAAAUUGCCUUCACUCUCCCACCUAACCCGUCUCAAGGAGCUAAUAGUCAUUGAUUGUCAAUUUAUCGAGUGCAUCCAGGAGCUUCCAUCAACACUACUAAAGAAUUCGGAAUGCUCCCAACCAACGGGUGUCGAAGAAUCGGAAUUGCCACAAUCCCUAAACACUACCUUCAAGUUGGAAAACUUGGAAGUCACUUUUUGUGAAUCUAUUGAAAUACUGGACGUUUCACAGUUUAUCCAUCUAAGGACAUUAUCUGUCGAUUUUUGCUGGAAUUUACUUGAAGUUCGAGGUCUUGAUAAAUUGAAAUAUUUGGAAUCCUUGACUGUUCGCUCCCGCAAUUCAGUUGAACGGUUGAAGCUUCCAAAGUCCGAGGGUCCGAAGGUAGUGAACGUUAAAUGUUGUGAAAACCUCGUCGAAAUUCAAGGUCUCGAUUGCUUGGAAAAGCCGAGUAUCUAUCAAUGCGCUUCAAUUGAAAGGCUAGACCUUUCAAAAUCCAGGAGUAUGAAAAUAUUAGACGCUAUAGAAUGCGCAAAAUUAGCCGAAAUUCAAGGCGUCGAUAGGUUGGAGUCCUUGGAACGGUUGAGUAUCUCUGGGUGCGCUUCAAUUGAAAGGUUGAACCUUCCAAAAUCUGAUAGUCCGAGGAUAUUGGAUGUUGCGGAUUGCAAAAACUUGAGGAUAUUGGAUGUUGCAGAUUGCAAAAACUUAAUCCAAAUUCAAGGCCUUGAUAGGUUGGAGUUCUUGGAAGAGUUGAAUCUCUAUGGGUGCACUUCGUUUGAAAGGCUACCCAACUUAUGUUGUUUUGACUACUUGAAAAGUUUGAAUAUCAACGAUCGUGACAAGCUUCAAGACAUACAGAGCCUAGAGAGAUUCCCAUCCCGCAAAAGUUUAUUUAUUGAAGGUUGCAAGUCCUUAGCAAAAUUACCAAACUUGUCAAGUUUUCAUGGUUUACGAGAAUUGUUCCUGUCAAACUGUCAUGAACUUCGAGAGAUCCUGUGGCUUGAGGAGUCAAUAUCUCUAGAACGUAUUACUAUCUCGGGAUGUUCCUUGAUUGAGAUCUUACCGGAUUUGUCAUCAAGUACCCGCUUGAUGAGCCCGAUUGUGCAAAAUUGCGAGAAAUUGAUUGAGCUUCGAGGGCUCGAGAAAUUGGAGCAGCUAGUGGAAUUGGACAUUUCUGAAUGCAAGUCUCUCAAAACAAUUCCAGAAUUGUCUGGAACACAGCUUUAUCAAAAUUACGAGAAAAAGCCAUCUCCAUUGAUCAGACGCAUAGAAUUUGGAUAG